AUGCGGUUCCGCGAGAAGACGCACAUCGACUAUGGAGGGGAGGGAGCGUUGGAGGAGAAGGAUAGACCGCCUCAGUUUGUCGGUCUGCGUGACCGCAUAACACAUUUUACAUGGCCAUGGUUUGCAACAACAAUGUCCACGGGGGCUCUGGCUGUCGUAUUAGGCAAUACACCUAAUACAUUUACCGGAUUACAGACCAUAGGCAAAGUGGUCUUUCUAUUCGACCUUGUGCUUUUCCUUUUGUUCAACGGCCUAAUGAUCACGCGCUUCAUUCUCGUCCCUCGGAAGCUUGCUGCGUCCCUACAUCAUCCCGUUGAAGGACUGUUCCACGGCACCUACUGGGUGUCGGUUGCCCUGAUACUUAACUGUGCCUACAUCUACGGUAACGCCGACACCGGACCGUGGUUUCCAAAGGCACUCGAGGUAUGCUUCUGGGUAUACUGCGGCAUCGCAUUCAUCAUUGGCGUCUUCCAGUACUCCAUGUUUUUUCGUUUUGAGCGUCUCAACGUCACAGACGCUGUACCCGCCUGGAUCUUUCCAAUAUAUCCGCUACUUGUCGUCGGAACACUGGCGGGAACUAUACUGCCUGCUCAACCAACCGGUCCUAGUUGGAACAUCUUCAUUGGCGGAGUGCUGCUGCAAGGGGUUGCUUGGGUGGUAUCGUUUCUGAUGUAUGCUAUAUACAUGCAGCGAUUGAUGACAGGCAACUUGCCAUCGCCAGCGACACGACCUGGAAUGUACGUGUCGGUGGGUCCGGCAGGCUACACUGCUGCAGGACUGAUCUCGCUAGCCAACCAGGCACCUACCUUCAUCGGCGCGAACUACUGGACCGAAAGCGCGUCGCGAGACGGUGACAUAGUGCGCAUCUUCGGUAUCAUGUCCGGGCUCUUUGUGAUCCUCUUUGCGUAUUGGUUUUUCUUCAUCACCACCGUUGCGGUGCUAGCUGGUGUGCGAAGAAUGACCUUCUCUUUGAACUGGUGGGCUUUCAUCUUCCCAAAUGCCGGACUGACGCUGGCGACUAUCCAAGCUGGCAAAGUUCUGAACAGCGAGGCGUUGAACGGUAUUGCUAGUGCGCUGACGAUCUUACUGGUCAUCAUGUGGUUCGUCACCGCGUUCUUUUGCGUUCGUGCUUUGUAUCGUGGAGAAAUCAUGUGGCCCGGCAAAGAUGAAGAUAAGACCAUGGAGCGAAUAGGCUGGGGCUGGCAGAGUAACAGGCAUAAUCCUGAAGCAAGGAGGAUCGUCGUUCCGGACGACUUACGCUGA